AUGGAGGAGAAACUUCUUUCCAACCCCAAGUACAAUGAUGAAUUUAUCAGCAAGGCUUAUCACGGCGGCCGGUCAGAAGUCAUUUUGUCAAAUGUAGAGAGCAGAUGGGCAUUGUUGACACAUGAGGGCCUCCAGCAGAGGAUGAGCAAGUGGAUAAGCCCAAGCCUAAUACAGAUGAUGGGAUUUAGUCCUGUGAUAGCGUUUCCUGAACGUGUUUAUGGAGAAAAUACCAGCACAUUUUUAAUAUUUAAUGAAGAUCACAGGGUUUGUGUAAAUGCACGCUCUUCAAACUUCGUCACUACCAGCUCCUGUGACCAUGCAAACGAGGCACAAAAAUUCAGAUGGAUUUCCAGCCAUCAGUUAAUGAGUGUCUCUCUGAAGCUAUGUUUUGGAGUGGCUUCAAAGGUAGACUGGACACCAGUUGCCCUGUACCCAUGUAAUUCAACUAGUGAGGUCCAAAGAUGGGAAUGCAGAAAUGACACACUUUUUGCAAUCCAAGGAGCAGACCUAUAUUUCAACUAUGGAAACAAAAAUGAGAAAAGUAUUAUGCUGUUCAAGGGAUCAGGCCUCUGGAGUCGGUGGAAAGUCUAUGGAACCACAGAUGAUUUGUGCUCACGAGGCUAUGAAGAUACGUUUACUUUGAAAGGCAAUGGCAAAGGGGCACCAUGUGUAUUCCCAUUCCAGUUUCUUGGCAAAUGGUAUGCUGAGUGUACAAACGAGGGCAGGUCAGAUGGCUUAUUCUGGUGUUCAACCACAAGAAACUUUGAUGUAGACAAGCUUUAUGGAUUUUGUCCACAAAAAUUUAGUGGCAUUGGCCGCCUGUGGGAUACAGACCCGAUGACUGAGGUACAGUACCAGAUAAAUUCAGAAUCUGCUCUCACAUGGUACCAAGCAAGGAAAAGUUGUCAGCAACAAAGUGCAGACUUGUUGUGCAUCACAGAAUUACAUGAACAAAUGUAUCUGGCAGGGUUGACAUCGAAGUUGACUUCUCAACUCUGGUUUGGUCUUAACAGUUUGGACUUUGAUAGUGGGUGGCAAUGGAGUGGUGGCCAUGCUUUCAGAUACUUAAAUUGGGCCCCAGGAAGCCCUUCUCCAGAGCCUGGAAAAACCUGUGGAACAUUUAAUCCUUCAAGAGGUGCCAAAUGGGAGAGCCUAGAAUGUAACAAGAAACUUGGUUAUAUUUGUAAAAAAGGAAAUGCCACUCUGAAUUCAUUUACUAUUCCUUCAGAAUCAAAUGUGGCAAUUAAGUGUCCCGAUGAAUGGGUAUCAUAUGCAGGCUUCUGUUAUAAGAUUCACAGAGAAGUCAACUUUUGGAAUGAUGCUGUAGCACUCUGUAGAAAGGAAGGUGGAGAUCUGGCAAGUAUCCACAAUGUCGAAGAGUACAGCUUUAUCAUUUCUCAGCUUGGAUAUCAACCAAAUGAUGAAUUAUGGAUUGGAUUAAAUGACCUCAAGAUUCAAAUGUACUUUGAAUGGAGUGACGGGACCCCUGUAAUGUAUACCAAAUGGCUUCCUGGUGAGCCGACACAUGACAGCAACAGACAAGAAGAUUGUGUAGUUAUGAAAGGAAAGAAUGGAUACUGGGCAGACCAACCUUGUGAUGUGAAACUUGGAUCCAUUUGCAAAAGGAAACCAUUGAAAGAAUCUCCAGGGGAAAAAGAAAUAGUUGAAGAAGGAUGUCGGAGAGGCUGGAAAAAACAUGGCUUGUAUUGCUACAUGCUUGGAAAUGUAUUUGCCACAUUUGCAAAAGCAAAUCAAACAUGCCAAAAGGAUGGAGCUCAACUAGCUGCAGUUGAAGAUAGAUAUGAACAAGCCUAUCUGACCAGUUUGAUUGGGCUUAGGCCUGAAACCUAUUUCUGGAUUGGUCUUUCAGACAUAGAAGAAAAAGGAACAUUCAAAUGGACCAGUGGAGAAGCUGUCAGAUUCACUCACUGGAAUUCUGAAAUGCCGGGAAGGAAGCCAGGCUGUGUGGCCAUGAGAACUGGAAUUGCAGGCGGGUUGUGGGAUCUUUUGAAAUGUGAGACCAAGGCAAAGUUUCUCUGCAAAAUGUGGGUGGAAGGAGUGACUCCCCCACCUCCUCCAACAACGACCCCGGCCCCCAGAUGCCCCGAGGACUGGCAUUCAAGUGAUCAGAGUAACACCUGCUACAAAGCUUACGCAAGACGAGACAAGAAAUCAUGGGCUGACGCUCAGAGUUUUUGCAGAGCUGUUGGAGGUGAUUUGGUUACCAUUGGUAGUUCAAAGGAGCAAUUCGCAUUGCGGUCUUACUUGUUGAGCAGUGGAUACAGCAGUACCCAUUUCUGGAUAGGCUUAAAUUACCUCAACCCAGAUGAUGGAUUUACAUGGAGUGAUGGCUCUCCGCUCGGGUAUAUAAACUGGGGAUAUGGAGAGCCCAAUAAUUAUAAUGGCGUAGAACACUGUGGAGAGUUAAAUGCAGGUCACCGAAUGGAAUGGAAUGACAUGCAUUGUGAAGAACGAUUCUCCUGGAUCUGUCAGGUUAAGAAAGGAGUACAAAUAAAAUCUGAACCAACAGAUCCACCUCCCCCAAAGUUUGAGAUGACCAGUGAUGGGUGGAUCAUCUUUAAAGACAAACAGUAUUACGUCAGCACUGUUUAUGUCCCUAUGGAGACUGCACGUGACUUUUGCAAGAAGAACUUUGGAGAUCUGGCUGUCAUUGAUGGCAACACUGAAAGAAAGUUCCUAUUGAGUUAUAUCAAUCAAAAUGAAGAGAGGAAUGCUUACUUCAUUGGUUUACUACUGAGCCUUGAUAAGCAGGUUAGCUGGAUGGAUGGAAGCCCUGUGAACUAUUUAGCUUGGGCACCCCAUGAACCCAACUUUGCAAACAAUGAUGAAAAUUGUGUGGUUAUAUACAGAACGACAGGACUUUGGAAUGAUAUAAACUGUGGUUACCCACAGCCUUACAUAUGUGAGAGACACAACAGUUCUAUCAAUGCAACAGCUGCUCCUACAACACCUUCCAUUCCAGGAGGAUGUCCAGAAUCCUGGCUUUUGUUUGAAAAUCAGUGCUACAAAUUAUUUGGAAAUGAGGAGAAAGACCAGAAGGAUUGGCAGAGUGCACGAAAAAUUUGUAUCAACUUUGGAGGAAACUUGGCCACCAUCCUUAAUGAACGUGUGCAAGCCUUCCUCACUUUCCAUUUAAAUAAUUUCCCAAAUGAUGCUUGGAUUGGAUUAAAUGAUGUCAAUGAAGAGAAAAUGUACCUCUGGACCACUGGAAGAGCAGUCCAGUACACCAACUGGGCCACAGAAAUGGCAUCAUCUCGGUUUGACUCGUCGGAAGAUUGUAUUGCAAUAAGAACCAAACCUCUUAAAGCAGUGGGGAAGUGGAAAGAUUUUUUCUGUUCAUCUAAGAAAGGUUACAUAUGUCAAACAAGUACAGAUCCCAAAUCCUCUGUUGUUCCAUCAGCCACACCUGCCCAUUUAUUCCAUUUUCGUAAUAGCAGCUACUUCUUCAGUGAAACCAAAAUGACGUGGAAAGAUGCCCAGAAAAACUGUGAACAACGAGACUACGAUCUUGCCAGUAUUUUAGAUCCUUUCAUCAACUCAGUCCUCUGGCUACGGAUGCUGAAAUAUGGGGGGCCUGUGUGGAUUGGCCUCAACAGCAAUAUGACCAAUGGACAAUAUACAUGGAUUGAUAAGUUCAAAAUGAAGUACACUAAAUGGGCCGCAGGAGAACCGAAACAGAAAUUAAGCUGUGUGUAUUUGGACCUUGAUGGAAUGUGGAAGACAGCAUCAUGUAAUGAAAACCAUAUCUCACUGUGUAAAUUAUCUGAUGUGAAGGCACCUACGGAACCUCCUCAACUUCCAGGAAAGUGUCCAGAAUCAGGGGAUAAAUCCUGGAUUCCUUUCCGUGGCCACUGCUACUACUUUGAAUCCUCAUCUAGAAAGCCUUGGGCCAGAGCAUCGUUAGACUGUUUAAAAUUAGAUUCUGCUCUAGUUUCAGUAGCUGAUGCAGCGGAAGCGCGUUUUAUAGCAGAAAACACCGAAGAACUUGAAAGUAAAACACGAACGUUUUGGACAGGAAUGUUCAGGAAUGUGAAUGGCAAUUGGUUAUGGCUGGACAACAGUGUGGUGGAUUUUGUCAACUGGAAUGUAGGAGAGCCUUCACCUCAAACAGAGGAGGACUGUGUGGAAAUGUAUUCCUCAUCAGGCACCUGGAACAAUGCUUAUUGCACAUCCUAUGCAGGAUAUAUUUGUAAAAAACCAAAAGUUAUAGAAGCUGUGCCUACUAUUGCUAUGAAGCUUCCAGAAAAUAAAGAACCAAGAAAGACGGAAGAGAUUCCUAAACCAUCCCACAGCAAGGCUACUGUGGUGGUUAUAGUAGUGAUCCUCAUCCUAUCCGGAGCUGCUCUUGCAGUUUACUACUUCUAUAAGAAGAGGAGUCAGAGGGCGCUGCCAGAUGACAACUUUGAGAACUCUCUCUAUUUCAAUAGUGAUGCAGCUCCUGGAACUAGUGAUACAAAGGACCUUGUGUUGAAUAUGGAACAAAAUGAACAUGCUGCCAUUUAGUCUGAUGCAAUAUAAACUGUGUCCUGUUGUAAUAAACAGAUGGAAUUCUUGAA